AUCCAUUCUGACAUAAAUACCGCUCAGGAUAAAGUCGAAUAAAGGAUGACAGGUUUGAAGGUAUCUCCGGAACCGGCACCAAACUUUACAACAGCUAGAGAAGUUUUAGGGAUAGCUUGGCCAUUACACUACAUAUUUUUUGGUAUAUUUUUUGCAAUAUUUUUCUUUUAUACGCUAAUUAACAUUAUCAAUUUAUUGAGAUCUGAAAUGUUUCAACGUCGAAAGAUUUUUCUUUUCAUCAAUGGCAUGUUAUGUUUUCUUUGCUUUGUCAUGGCUUCCAGCUUAUUCCUUGAUCCGUACGAUUCUGGGGAACAUUUUGAAGAAAUAAAUUUCCACGGCAUUGUCUUCACAAUCGUUGGUUUACGUGUACCAUGUAUCACCGCCUCCUUUUCUUUAACCCAGAUAUCACUACUGGAAGCUACAAAGUUGCAGCUAUAUUCAAAGAAGUUACAAAGUUAUACGUUCAUAUCAUUUGUGAUUGGUUUUCACUUCAUAUUAGUGUUCACAGUCGACGUUAUUUUAACAGUCUUUGCAGGAACAAUUGUUUUUUUACUGGUUUGUCAGGUUUUUUUCCUUUUCAUUGGAGUUGUAAUGAGUGCUACGUCUAUAUACUCUGGUCUAAAAGUUAUCUCGCACUACAGUCAGAGUAAAAUCACUUUACAGCAGCAUAAUCAGUUCGAUAUGGAAUCUUUCAGAAAGAACAAUCCUUCAAAAAUCGCAUCCGAAGUAACCAGUCCACAUAUCUUCAAAAAACCUACGAAAUCUAGCGACAUUAAGCAAGUUAUUUUCAAGAUAAAUCCAUGCGAAAGAUUGCCGCCCUAACGAUUUGCACCGCAAUAUUUAGUCUUGGUAUAUCGGGGAGUCAUGUCUAUUCAUUUACCUUAAAUGAUAAAAGGACGCCAGAUG